AUGGAUCCAGCAAAAGCUGCAGCUGAGGCGAAAGAUGACCUUAGGGCGACCGUCAUCGGGUCAGUGGUCUUCUGUAUCACGUUCCCAUCUAUUCUGGUCGGGUUGCGGGUUUACACAAGGACGAGGGUGAUCACGCUAUUUGGCAUCGAUGAUAUACUUGCCAUUGGCGCUAUUCUGGCCACGGCCGGUUGUGGCAUCGCCAUUGCUUCCAUGACUACACACGGUCUGGGGAGACAUAUCUCAACUUUGACUCCGUCAGAUAUCACAGAGUACAUGCGCAUAUUCUACAUCUCCAUCGUCUUUUACAACAUCGCUCUACUCUUCAUCAAGUUGUCCUUCCUGUUCCAAUAUUACCGCAUCAUGGCCGUCCCCGGGAUGCGGAGGAUCUACGCCGUCGCCAUCGUCAUCGUAGGAGCAUGGGCCGUGGCCCAGCUCCUCAUCGCCACCUUCCAGUGCCAACCCGUCGAGGGAUUCUGGGACAAGACCGUCAAGGCCCAUUGCAUCCCCACGCAGCCGCAGUGGUACGUCAACGCGGCCGGCAACAUCGCAUCCGACGUCGCCGUCUUUGCCCUUCCGCUCCCGAUCUUCUGGCACCUCAGCCUCCCGCGCAAGCAAAAGCUUCUCCUCAUGGGCAUCUUCAGCCUCGGAUUCUUCACCGUUGCCAUCUCCAUCGUCCGGACCAAGUAUCUCAAGAUCGAACAGGACUUCACCUGGACCAACGUCGACGCCUCGCUGUGGUCUCUGGGCGAGAUCUCCUCGGCUGUGACAUGCGCCUGUCUUCCGACUCUGCGGCCCUUGAUGACGAGGCUGUUCCCGAAGAUGAUGGCACGGGUGAACUACUCGCUGAACAGCCACCAGACCGACACCCGCGCCACGUACCCCACGAGUGCCUAUCCUCCAGCCAUCAUUAAGCCCGACGUGGAGAAAGCGCCGAUAGACUCGGCCAUCUCGAGCGCGAGAUCGAGCCACAUGAAGGACGACAGCAGGUCGGUCACCCACGGAAACCCCUAUCCGCACCAGCACAUUACCACCUCGACGGAGAGCAUCUUCGGCCUGGCCAGUGUCCGUGAGGACAGCAUCACUCCCGUCAGGUCCAACUUCAGCCCCGCGAGCCCGAGGCCGACCUGGUCUCCUACUAGCAAGUCGUCCGGCAGUAGGAGGGAAUACACACCAGGCUCGAUGAUUUGA